GCGGUGCAUCGCCAAACCGGACACGACCCACGCCAACCGAAAGAACAAAACAAAUGACCCAAUAAUAAAAACUGCUUCGAGAUCUCUGAACUUUUCCACAAAAAGAAACGAAGACCGAGCAAAAGAGAGACUGCUUCCCUUCAGUCUUCUCACUCUGACAAAGCCAAAAAAACCAAGAUGGAAAAAACCUAGAUGGAAGAAGAAGAGUCCAGACUCUGGCACCCUUUUCUUCUAGCAUCCAUCCCCUCGUGCACUCCAUCCAAAUUCUUCUUCAUCACCCAUCUCGUCAUCGCAAAGCUCUGAACUUCCACAACACGUGCAGUAAUUUGGAUUUCGAUCAGUGUGCCCUUCAAAUCCAGCAACAGCAAAAUCAGUAGCUUAUGAGUUACCCGUCUCCGACUGAUCUUUUCUGCAUGCCGUUCUGAGUUCUGAGCACAAACACACACCCGCUUCGUAGCACAAAACACAUCCUAAGUCCUUAGUUCUGCUUUCUUUCUGUCCCUGUCGUAGCUCUUGCCAUGAAUUGUUCAGGUAAUCUGGUUUUGGCCACUGCCAUGCUGGUCUCGAGCGUUGUCCUCCUCCUCUCUCUGUCUAGAAGGAGAGUGCCCCCUCCUGCAGAGGACAUUUCUCAGCGUCAUCAAGUGGAAGCGCCUCGCUCUUGCUUGCUAUCUUCAGACGGGAGGAAAGGGGAGAGAAAGAAGAAGAGGGUGAAAUUUGCCGAUGACGUGAAGGAAGGUUGCUCGCCCUCGGCAAUACCAAGCGCAGAGGAAUCCAAGAAGCUGGAGAGGAGCUGCAAAGUCGAAGAGCAAGAGAUGGUGGGGAUGCAGAGCAAUGGAGCUGCUUCUGCGAUUGAGUGCUCGUGUUAAUCCAUCGCAUGUGAAUCUUGUGUACAUAAGGAAAGAAUAAGAAGCCUUUCUUUGCUUUGUCAAGAAGGAUGUGUAAAUGGAAAAGUCAAAAUCAAAAUCUCUCGCAGAGUUUGAGAAAUUCUGCAGAUCAGCUAUCGGAUUUAUCAUUUACCUGUUUAGCAUGACACUUUCGUUUCGUGCCCAGAA